GCUUCAGCUUCACCACGACAAAAAAAAAAUCGAUUUUCUACAAGCAAAAACCCAAAUUUGAGCGAAGAAGAUGAACAGGGUCGCGUUGAAAUCGGUGAUCGGAGGUCUCGCGAAUGGCCGAAACUUUAAUCGCUACAUUUCAACGGCUGUGGCUGUGAGGCCGUUGGAGAGCUCGGAGUUUCUGAGACGGAGGAGCGACGGCGUUUUGGGAGCGUUUCAGUGGAGGACUAGGAUGAUGAUGAGCACGGGGUCGACUGGCGAAACGACGCCGUUGGCGGAGAAGGAACAGAAGAAGGAGAGCUCGAACGACAAUGGUAGCGUUGUCGUUUCCAGUUACUGGGGGAUUCAGAGGCCCAAGAUUAAGAGGGAGGACGGGACAGAGUGGCCAUGGAAUUGCUUCAAGCCAUGGGAGACUUAUGAAGCGGAUUUGUCGAUUGAUCUGAGCAAGCACCAUGUGCCAAAGACGUUUCUGGACAAAGCGGCGUUCAGGACUGUCAAGUCUCUUCGAGUUCUGUCGGAUCUUUACUUUCAGAAGCGGCAUGGGUGCCAUGCAAUGAUGCUGGAAACUGUGGCAGCUGUCCCCGGAAUGGUGGGAGGCAUGAUGCUGCAUUUGAAGUCUCUCCGUAAAUUCGAGCACAGCAGUGGCUGGAUCAAAGCUUUACUUGAAGAGGCAGAGAAUGAGAGGAUGCACCUGAUGACGGUGAUGGAACUUGUGAAGCCCGUGUGGCACGAGAGGUUUCUGGUUCUCGCCGUUCAGGGAGUGUUCUUCAAUGCCUUCUUUGUGCUUUAUGCGCUUUCCCCCAAAGUGGCUCAUAGGGUUGUUGGGUAUCUGGAGGAGGAAGCUGUGCAGUCGUACACAGAGUACUUGAAGGAUAUUGAAAAUGGCAACAUUGAAAAUGUGAAGGCUCCUGCAAUCGCAAUUGACUACUGGAGGCUGCCUAAGGACGCCACACUUCACGAUGUUAUCACUGUGAUUCGCGCCGAUGAAGCUCACCAUCGCGAUGUCAACCAUUUUGCAUCUGAUAUUCAGUUUCAGGGGAAGGAGUUGAGAGAAGCACCAGCUCCCCUUGGUUAUCACUGAAACUCAUCUUGUAUGUACGUGAAGAAUUAAAAGAGUUUUUUUUUUUUUUCUUCUCUUUAUGAUCUAAUAAAUUCUCUAUUGUAUAUUCAUGAAGAUUAUAAAUGAUGUAUAUGAACACAGAUCCUUUUUUAGAC